AUGAAGACCCUUAUCGUCUUAUCGUGCCUCUCGCUGUCGACGCUGGCACUGCCGGCGUACGCGCCUUAUGAGCCGUACGUUAACGGGGUGCACGGCGGUGGAUACUAUCACGGACCGCCGGCCCCGCUGGCCCACGACGGCCGGGUGAUCGACACGCCGGAAGUGGCCCACGCCAAGAAGGAGCAUCUGGCGGCGCACGCCGCGGAGGCUGCCAAAACGGCGCACUACGGGGGCGGCUUUUACGGUGGCGGGGACGGGGGUUACUACGGGGACGGAGGGUUCGGCGGAGGAUACGGAGGAGGAUACGGCGGGGGGAUAGGAGCCGGCGGACACCUCGGCUACGCCGUCGGACACGGCAAGUACCACGGCCCGCCGGCGCCGCUCGGCCACGACGGACGCGUGGUGGACACGCCGGAAGUGGCCCACGCCAAGGCCGCGCAUCUGCACGCCCACGCCGCGGAGCUGUCCAAGCAUCUGCCAGCGCUGCACGUGCCGACGGCCGCAAGUGUCUCUUGCCGAGAUCUAAGGGCGAUACGGGAUACCUUUGGGAUACGCAGGGUGACCGCGAUGAUCGGAUACCUCAUCCUCCUACUCGCAAUGUCGAGCGCUAUUCUGGCGGCUCCACAGUGGUACGGACAUCAUGCUUCUCCGGCGCCGUUGGGCCCGGACGGUCGCGUGGUGGACACACCGGAAGUCGCGCAGCUGAAAGCAGCCCAUUUGAGCGCUCUGGCGGAUGCUAAUGCACGGGCACCGAAGGGAUCGAUCGGCGCUUACGGGGGGCCCAGCGGAUACGCUUCCGGAAAUUACAUUUCGCAUUACAGCGGACCACCGGCCCCGCUGGGCCCGGACGGCCGCGUAGUUGACACGCCCGAGGUUCAGCAAGCCAAGGCCAUACAUUUCUCUCUCUACAAUGCGGAAGCGCGGCGCGUGCCGGCUGGUCCAGCCGAUCCAGUUGCCGUUGGCGCCUACGAUCCAUCCUGGAACAAUGGCGCCUACAAUUCCGCUUGGGACGGCCCGGUCGGCAGCUACUAUUAAUCCGAAUACGAUAGAAUGAUCGGAUCAGGACGACGCGACGCGCGGAGCGGAAUGCGCUUCCGCUCGUUCAGUAAACGUCGGCGAUCUGCCAGCGAAAUCGAUCGCACGAUCGCCGAUCGGUCGUGCCUGGAUCCAUCCGUGAUCCCCGACAUCCUUCCCAGCUACCUCAAGAAAAUUGGAAGACUAAGAUGCCACAUUACUAACUACCUCUCCGAUCAGCUCGAACAAACAGUUCUCUCUCGCCGAUCUACCACGGAAAGAACAAUUUUGCUGAAUCCAGAUCUGAAAAUAAUUUUUGUUCAAUAAUCAAAAUAAUUUUGUGCGAC